GACAAAUCACUUCCAGGAAACCACGUUUAGUCGCAUGUAAACGUUUCGUUAAAUGACGAUAACAGCGUCUGGUUACUGUUGGUAAAUAUGUCUGGUAAGCCCCGCCCAUGAGUGUUAUUGGCCAAUGAGUCGCGUUACAAAACACUGGAGGUCAACUGCACGUGUGAGAAGUGUGCAGCUUCACAGUAAAUUAUCUUUUCCUUUCAGGAUUUUGGAAAGUCACUGUAUGCUUCGUAUUGGAUUGUUUUCUUCUCGCAUGAACAUCAGAUACAGCGGAAGAGAGCUGCUUAGUGCCAUCAGAGGUCCAAACACACUUGUACAUCACAUCACCAUGUCUGCGAAAAAACCGAACCUGAAGCGCAAGAAAGAGUCGCCGAGCAGCAGCGCUGCAAAACAGCCGAAGCUCACAGGAAGAGAGUCCGGCUGGCUGGAGAGAGAAGUGGCCGAGCUCCGCAAAGAAGCGCAGGGAUCCAAAUUCAACAAAAAGCGCCUCCGUUAUAUAUCCGAAACACAGAAAAUCAAGCAAGGGUCUGAUGGAGUGCUGUACUGGAUGUCCCGGGAUCAAAGAAUACAAGAUAACUGGGCUCUUAUCUAUGCUCAGCAGCUGGCCUUGGCUGAGAAACUUCCUCUGCACAUCUGCUUCUGCUUGGUGCCUCGAUAUUUGGAUGCUGCUUAUAGACAAUAUGCGUUUAUGCUGAAGGGACUGCGUGAAGUGGCAAAGGAAUGCAAAGGCCUGGACAUUCAGUUCCAUCUACUGUCAGGAGAGCCUGGGCACAAACUGCCGGCCUUUGUUGAAAACUGGAAGUUUGGAGCAGUUGUGACUGACUUUAACCCACUAAGAAUCCCUCUCGAGUGGAUUGAGAGUGUUAAGAAAGAGCUUCCAUCUGACAUCACUUUAAUUCAGGUUGAUGCUCAUAAUGUGGUGCCAUGUUGGGAGGCUUCUGGAAAGCUGGAAUAUGGAGCCAGGACUAUACGGGGAAAAAUCAACAAACUUCUCCCAGACUUCCUCACAGAUAUCCCGCUUGUGGACACGCACCCACACUCCGCUUCUCGUACGGCUGAGCCAGUAGAUUGGGAGGAAGUGCUGUCAUCUCUCGAGGUGGACCGCAGUGUCGGUGAGGUGGAUUGGGCUCAGCCCGGCACCUCUGGUGGUAUGGCGAUGCUGGAGUCCUUUAUAGAGCAACGUCUGCGACUCUUUGCCACCCACAGGAAUAAUCCCAACUGUGAUGCCAUCAGCCAGCUCUCCCCCUGGAUCCACGCUGGUCAGUUGUCUGCUCAGCGUGUUGUGAGGCAGGUGAAACGAGAAAAGAAUGCCAGUGAAUCUGUGGCCUCAUUCAUUGAGGAGCUGGUGGUGCGCAGAGAGCUCGCCGACAACUUCUGCUUCUACAACAACAACUACGACAACAUCUCAGGUGCCUAUGAUUGGGCAAAGAAUACUUUGCAGCAGCACGCUAAAGACAGCAGACCGUACGUUUACACCAAAGAGCAGCUGGAGAACUCGAGAACCCAUGACCAGUUGUGGAAUGCAGCACAGCGUCAGCUGGUGCUCGAAGGAAAGAUGCAUGGCUUCCUGCGUAUGUACUGGGCAAAGAAGAUCCUGGAAUGGACUGCGUCUCCUGAAGAAGCCCUCUCUAUUGCCAUAUAUCUCAAUGACUGCUAUUCUUUAGACGGAUGUGAUCCCAAUGGAUACGUGGGUUGCAUGUGGUCCAUCUGUGGCAUUCAUGACCAGGGCUGGGCAGAGAGGCCCAUCUUUGGGAAAAUUCGUUAUAUGAAUUAUGCUGGCUGCAAGCGGAAGUUUGAUGUGGCACAGUUUGAGAGGAAGUAUGCUGCAAAAAAGGCCUGAGACUUUGACAUGUAUAAAACUGACAUGUAUAAAAGUCAAAGUUCAGAGUUCAGUUUGUACUGGUUUUAAACUGGAUUUACAUUGCGGACAUUUUUCUCAGGUGAGGGGAUGAUCAUAAAAAAAUAUGCGGUAUUUGUCAUUUAUUUUAUAAUGAUGUUGGCCUAAAUGAGUUAUUGUUUUGUUUUUAAGUCUUGUUUUUACAUGUUCUAACUUUUUCUACUGAUAUUGCUCCAAUUUCAGGUAUCAUAGGACCUUAAAUUUAGACAGAUUUCAUGUUGUGAUGUGACACAUUUGCAGACUGCAAAACUGCAUUUGUUGUACUGUUGUGCUUAAAUGUAUUGCAUUUUUAAAAUACUCUGCAGUGUGUUAUGAAGGAUAUAAUCCAACAAAAAUAAAACACAUUUUAGUGA